CAUGGCUAUGAAACGCCUCCGCGUCGGAUCUGGCGUAGUGACAUACUUCAACUAGAAUGUCGCCAUGAUCUUGAGUCGUAUUAGUAUAUGGAUGCUGCCCUGGACAAUGUCUUGCCAAUAUGAAGAUGGCGAGAACCCUCCUUGGCCAAGCUUGGACUUGCGGACGGGGACCUAUCGGACUUGUCGCAUGGCGAACGGUUAGAUACCAUCUUUUGAUAUUGGGAAAGGUUGAUCGAUAAUGGUUCGAAACGAGGAGGACUAUCCACCCUUUCGUUUAGCGAUCGAAGUUUUGAGCAUUCAAGUCCUUUUUUGGCUUUGUGUCGCUAGCGCCCAUGCCCUGUUAGGUUAGGCGCGCAAUGUUGGACAAGAAGAUCUUGAGAAGUUCAAUCUAAGUUCAACCCGAGCUUAACGAACGCGUUGCAAACGCAUGGUCUGCACAUAUACCCCGCCUAUCUGAUAUCAAAGGUUUGUGUCUUAUAUACCAUCGAUUGCUCUGUUUUCUGUGUGUGUCUCUCUCCUUCUCCCUCUUUCCCUCUCUCUCAGCAGUUCUCUUCGUACCCAUGUCGAUACCUCAAACCCCUACUCGCAAAACUGACCCUACUAACUUGGCUCCUGAGCUGAAAAAUACUCCUCUCGGUCGCGGCAGUUCCACCCACGCAUCGUCGGACGGCUUCAAUGACUUAUACCAGCGUACAGUGCAUCCAUGGCUAUUUGCGGACAUAUCCAAACACAAGCAGACCACAUUUGACCGAAUGAUGGCCUGGAUGUUGCAUUUCUCUCUUCCUACCGAAUUGAGAGACUCCGUAGAUCCUUACCAUCUCUUUAAUCAAUGCCUCAAUAAAGUGUUGCCCAUCUGUAACGACCAAGAUUUGCUCAAUCAUUUACAGUCAUAUUGUGAGGUUGAGGGAGGAGAAACGGCCAGAUACGCACCUUUCACGAAUGCAUGCAACCGUGCAUUAUCGCUCUUGGAGGAAGUGGACGUACCGCAUCUCGGUAAAGGCUCACCGUUCAACAUUCUCUUUCAACGUAAUGAUCCAAAUGUGCUCGACGGCGUUCAUGGUAGUCUCAAAUCGAAACGCAAACCCGACAUUGUUAUCACCAGCCUUGCCUGUGCUCGGCGCAUCUGGGGUGGAGGCACGGAUAUAGAAUGGAACGCUGCGAUCAAACACUGCCAUGAGAAGCCCGUAGACCUCCAAUGGCACGAUGUGUUGUGCUCAUGGGAGUUCAAGCGGACGAAGAAAGUAAUUUCGUUGCCCUCUCGCAAAUAUGGCACCAAACUGUAUCGGAACAUUUCAUGUGUGAAUGACGUCGGCACCAUGGAUCCCCCCACGAAACCUGAUGUCCCGAGCCCGCAUCGUAUGAAUUUUCAUUUUACUGCCUCAUCUAUUAAAUCUCAUCCCGUCAAUUUUAUCUAUCUAGCAAAGCCCAACCAAGCACCUCGGACGGAGGAACCGCCGCUCGUGCAAUUGGCAUCGUAUGCGGCUGAGAUGCUAUGCCGAGGUCCUGCAGUGAAUCACUGCAUAAACGUCCUUGUUGUCGAUGAUGUGGUCUGGCUGUGGUGGUAUGACAGGCAGGGGGCUAUCCAGUGCACUGGAAUCAACUUCCUCGACGAUCUUCCGCGCUUCCUCGUCCUCCUCCUCGUCCUCCAAAGAUUUUCGACCAUGGACCUUUGGGGAUUCAAUCCCGAACUGGAUCCCAUUGUUGUCCAGUAUCACAGCGGGAACUUACCUUUGGAUCAGACGGAGAAUGUCUCACAAGAGCCGUUCGACCUUGAGAUCCCUGUCGAAGGUGGCAAGUUCAAGGUCAACUUGGACCCAAAGAAGAAUGAGUACAGCCGACACACCCUGGUUGGGCGUGGUACUCGUGUGUUCCAAGGGUCUGAGGGGAUACUAUUUCGCGACCCAGCUAAUCCUGAAGUUCUCAUGAACGAGAAGGCGAGACACGCGGCUAUAAAGAUAUACUGGCCGGACAGUUCGAGGCCGUCGGAGCAGACGGUGGUUCAGAAGGCUCGUGAAGCUGCUGAAACCAUUGACCCUGGCCUGUUGGACAACCUGCCGGAGAUCUAUGGCGCCUGCACGUUGAGCAAGUAUGAGACAGGUCGCAUCCGGAAAUUCCUUGACCUCUGGGAUCUCGAUACUGAAACAAAGGAGCGUGUAUACCGUUCGCGAACGCUUAACAUCAUAAUAUCGGAGUGGCUGGAGCCUUUGUGGAAAUUGCCUCCGUAUAACUUUAUGCUUGCAUGGUAUGAUAUUGUUAGAUGCCACUUUGCGAUGUGGAUUGCUGGUGUCAAACACUGCGAUCCCAGCGAAGGCAAUAUGUUAUACCGCGAGAAAGGAAACAAGAAUCAUGGGGUAUUAAAUGACUGGGACUUGGGCGUUCUAGAUGGUCUAAAUGACCAUAAGGGGUUGGAGCGCACAGGUACUGUUCCAUUCAUGGCUUUGGACCUGCUCGGUCGUAAAUUCUGGCUUGGCGGCAUUCGACGAGAAUACCGCCAUGAUCUGGAAUCGUUCAUUUGGAUGCUUCCCUGGGCGGUGUUUUGUUACGAAGAUUGUCAACGAAAGGAACCUCCGGACGAAAUGAGGCCGUGGCGUACAGGAAACUAUGAGCAGUGUCGGAGGUACAAAGUCGACUUCACCCGGACGAUGUCUGAGUUCAUCGAAGAGCAGCGUAUCCCUUCGCAGUGGAUAAAGAUCUGGCCGCUUGUGGUGAGACUCAUGUUCCGUGUCAACAAUGAUUAUAACGCCAGAUUACAAAUGGCGUUCUAUGGCCCAGUAGAGGAGGAUUCCCCUCAGCAGGUGUACCUCGACCUACUUGAAUUCAUUGAAGAAGCGAUCCGGAAGCCGCCCUAUGGACCGAUGGAGAUUCCCUUUCCCGAUGACCAUCUCAUGAACAUUCCACAGUUACCUGACCAUGCAAGUACAGAGACACCUGUUCGGGGACGGGGACGAGGUCGAGGGCGUGCACGCGGAAGGGGGCGAGCUCAGGCACAAUUUGGAGGGGGUGACAGAGGCGCAGGCAGCACCGAAGCGAAUCUUGACUCGGAACGCAGCACUUCUGGAUCUCGACGCUCCGCUAGGAUCAAGGCGGAUGAGGAGAAGAAACGUCAGGAGGCGGAGGGGAAGAAACGUCGGGAGGCGGAGGAGGAGAGAAAACGUAGGGAGACGGAGGAGAGAAAACGUCAGGCAGCGGAAACGAAGAAGAGGGGGAAGAAGUAAACUGGUCUGUUGGUGAAUGGCUCGUUCGUGAAUGCGUCGACCCAGAAAUGAAAUAUGAGCCUCUAUUUCUUCAUUCUUCAUUCGCGUGUACUUUUGUUGUGCUAGGAGUCAUAGUGACUCCUAGCCGUGUUUGUUAUACCAGGUUAUCAAUAUAACGUUCAUCUUGUUACGUUGACUGCGUUGGUGGCGUUACGAUAGUUCAAAAUAUUGACAGUGUUUCGACUCGGACGGACUGGCACUGUAGCUCCACGAUUGCGAUGUCCGGUAUGAAGGGAAGCUUGAGUAAACCGGGCCUGUCUUUCUUAUUCUCUACUUCUUGGUGGUUCGGUAUGGGCUCACACAUAGAUUUCGAGGGUAAGCGAAACGCUAUUCGGCAUAUGGAUUGCUUCUUGGCCCCUUGGCACGGACAGCCUAUGACUGUCAUAAAUGCGUUAUUCACAU